AUGUCCUCCAGCGAAGAGGACCCCACCAACGAGACACCCAGACUACCAACAUCUCAAGUCGUCAAGUUCCUCAUUCUAUCCGACACGCACUCGACCAGCGCGUUCCAUCGUCCCACCCCUCGCGUCGACGUGGUCCUGCACUGCGGCGACCUCACCAAAAAUGGCACGCAUGACGAGCUUUUAAAAGCCCUUAUCCUGCUGGGCUCCAUAUCGGCAGAGCUAAAGCUCGUCAUCGCUGGAAACCACGACAUCGCGCUGGACACUGGCCACUACACGUUGGAGGGCGGGAGCGAAUCCGAAAGCGCAAAGGCCACGAAACUGAUGUACGGCACGUUUGCGCAAAGCUGCGGCGUCAAGUUUCUGACUGAGGGGACGUACGAGUACCGUCUGCGCAGCGGGGCCCUGCUGCGCGUGCACGCGUCGCCGUACACGCCCCACCACCGCCACUCCGCGUUCCAGUACCCACGUGACCAGGACCGGUUUAACCCGCCAAAUGCCACGCCCCAGUGGGCAUAUAACGUCGGGACCCAGGAGUCAAUCGUUCCGGAAGGCGUCGACGUGCUCAUGACGCACGGCCCGCCGCAGUACAUACUCGACGCCACGGAGAACGGCCAACCCGCCGGCUGCGAGCAUCUGCGCCGCGCCGUCGAGCGUGUCAGGCCGCGCCUGCACUGCUUCGGGCACCUGCGUCGCGAGUACGGCGCCUGCCGCGUGCGCUACACUGACGGCGUGGGGCAGGUACUGCCGAAGGAGCCGGUGAAAAAACAUCAGCCGUUGAAGCGUGGCUUUGCUGCUUUGAGCGCGGCCAGCGCGGACGAGUUCAAGAGGGACAAGGGGCAAGGCCUUAUGGUGAACGCUGCUAUUGUGGACAAGAAUGGAGAGCCAACGAACGCGCCUUGGUUGGUGGAGUUGGAGCUGGGCGCCAACGGGUGGGUUUGAAUGGAUAACGGGGCAAGAGAAAUGUCGAACAUCAAGGUGGAGGAGCUCGCUAUGUACGUUGAUUUGGUCGUGCGGAUUUGGGCGGAGGUUCCUGCUGGGAUGGGUGGAGGGGAGAGAGGUCGCAGGGGAAUGAAGGUGCUAUUCUUUUCCAGGUUUAGAGGAGAGGAAGCACCGGACUCUGCAACUCGCGCGGGUAAUGAAGACACUGCUGCACUCUGCAAAUAAGGUGAUCAAGGCGAAGUCGUUGACAUGUAGUCAUAGUUCCGGGUAGCUGUGUAGAGUCUACUUCGCUAGUAUAGUGUUGCCUGAGCCGGACUGAACCAACG